CCUGGCACUGGGGACUCUGCAGGCCCUAGCUACUUAACACAGGCCAGGCCAGAGCCUAGCGGACCAGCCUCAGCGGUCUGUCGCAGGGAGCAUGGCCUAGGAGUGGAGGCGCCACUGUGCAAAGGCUGCCUCCCACGGGGAAAGAUGGUUCCUGCCAGACUUGCUGGGCUGCUGCUUGCCCUGGGCCUCACCUUGCCAGGGACACUUUGCACAGAAGGGAUUCGCAGCAGGAUGUCGACGGCCCGGUGCAGCCUCUUUGGAGGUGACCUCAUCAACACCUUCGACGGGAGCAUGUACAGCUUUGCUGGAGACUGCAGUUACCUCCUGGCAGGGGACUGCCAGAAACACUCCUUCUCCCUUGUAGGGGACUUCCAAAGUGGCAAGAGAGUGAGCCUCUCUGUGUAUCUUGGGGAAUUUUUUGAUAUCCACCUGUUUGUCAAUGGUUCCGUGAUACAAGGGGACCAGAGAGUCUCCCUGCCCUACGCCUCCCAAGGGCUGUAUCUGGAAACUGAAGCUGGGUACUACAAGCUGUCCAGUGAGGCCUAUGGCUUUGUGGCCAGAAUCGAUGGCAACGGCAACUUUCAAGUCCUGCUGUCAGACCGAUUCUUCAACAAGACCUGUGGGCUGUGUGGAAACUUGAACAUCUUCGCUGAAGAUGACUUUAGAACCCAGGAAGGAACCCUGACCUCGGACCCCUAUGACUUUGCCAACUCCUGGGCCCUGAGCAGUGGAGAACAGCGGUGCAAACGUGCAGACCCUUCCAACAGCCCCUGCAAUAUCUCCUCUGGGGAAGUCCAGAAGGCCCUCUGGGAGCGGUGCCAGCUUCUGAAGACGGCCUCAACCUUCGCCCGCUGCCACCCCCGAGUAGACCCCGAGGCCUUCGUGGCCCUGUGCGAGAAGACUCUGUGCGCCUGCGCUCAGGGGCCGGAGUGCGCGUGCCCCGCCUUCCUGGAGUACGCCCGCGCCUGCGCGCAGGAGGGGCUGGUGUUGCAUGGCUGGCCCGACCACAGCGCCUGCGGACCCGCGUGCCCGGCUGGCCUGGAGUAUAAGGAGUGUGUGUCGCCUUGCGCCAGAACGUGCCAGAGCCUGCAGAUCAACGAGGUGUGUCAGGAGCACUGCGUGGAUGGCUGCAGCUGCCCUGAGGGACAGCUCCUUGAUGAAGACCGCUGCGUGGUGAGUGCUGAGUGUUCCUGCGUCCAUUCCGGGAAGCGGUACCCUCCAGGCGCCUCCCUCUCUCGAGACUGCAACACCUGCAUUUGCCGGAACAGCCUGUGGGUCUGCAGCAAUGAAGAAUGCCCAGGGGAGUGUCUCGUCACAGGCCAGUCCCACUUCAAGAGCUUCGACAACAGGCACUUCACCUUCAGUGGGGUGUGCCAGUACCUGCUGGCCCGGGACUGCCAGGACCACACCUUCUCCAUCCUCAUUGAGACCGUGCAGUGUGCCGACGACCCUGACGCCGUCUGCACCCGCUCGGUCACGGUCCGGCUGCCCAACCUGCACAACAGCCUGGUGAAGCUGAAGCACGGGGGAGGCGUCGCCAUAGACGGCCAGGAUGUCCAGGUCCCCCUCCUGCAAGGUGACCUCCGCAUUCAGCGCACAGUGACAGCCUCCGUGCGCCUCAGCUACGGGGAGGACCUGCAGAUGGACUGGAAUGGCCGCGGGAGGCUACUGGUAAAGCUGUCGCCCACCUACUCUGGGAAGACCUGCGGCCUGUGUGGAAACUACAACGGCAACAAGGGCGAUGACUUCCGCACGCCCGCCGGCCUGGUGGAGCCCCUGGUGGAGGACUUUGGCAACGCCUGGAAGCUACACGCGGACUGCCAAGACCUGCAGAAGCAGCACAGCGAUCCCUGCAGCCUCAACCCGCGCCUGACCAGGUUUGCGGAGGAGGCAUGCUCGCUCCUGACGUCCUCCACAUUCGAGGCCUGCCACCACGCUGUCAGCCCGCUGCCCUACCUGCAGAACUGCCGCUAUGACGUCUGCUCCUGCUCGGAUGGCAGAGACUGUCUGUGCAACGCCGUGGCCAACUAUGCCGAGGCCUGUGCCCGGAAGGGCGUGCGCAUCGGUUGGCGGGAGCCUGGCUUCUGUGCGCUGAGCUGCCCGCAGGACCAGGUGUACCUGCAGUGUGGGAACCCCUGCAACCUGACCUGCCGCUCCCUGUCUUACCCGGACGAGGAGUGCAGUGAGGUCUGCGAGGAGGGCUGCUUCUGCCCCCCAGGGCUCUACCUGGAUGAGUGGGGGGACUGCGUGCCCAAGGCCCAGUGCCCCUGUUACUACGAUGGCGAGCUCUUCCAGCCCGAGGACAUCUUCUCGGACCAUCACACCAUGUGCUACUGCGAGGACGGCUCCAUGCGCUGCAGCACGAGCGGGGCCCCGGGAAGCCUGUUGCCGGACACUGUCCUCGGCCUACCGCUGUCUCACCGCAGCAAACGGAGCCUGUCCUGUCGGCCCCCCAUGGUCAAGCUGGUGUGUCCUGCUGAUGACCCGCGGGCGGAAGGGCUCGAGUGUGCCAAGACGUGCCAGAACUACGACCUGGAGUGCAUGAGCAUGGGCUGUGUCUCCGGCUGCCUCUGUCCCCCGGGCAUGGUCCGGCAUGAAAACAGAUGCGUGGCCCUGGAGAGGUGUCCCUGCUUCCAUCAGGGCCGAGCGUACGCACCGGGAGAGACGGUGAAGAUCGACUGCAACACGUGUGUCUGCCAGGACCGGAAGUGGAACUGCACGGACCGUGUGUGCGAUGCCACGUGCUCCGUGAUCGGCAUGGCUCACUACCUCACCUUCGACGGGCUCAAGUACAUGUUCCCCGGGGACUGCCAGUACGUCCUGGUGCAGGAUCACUGCGGCGGCAACCCUGGGACCUUUCGGAUCCUGGUGGGGAACGAGGGGUGCAGCUACCCUUCCGUGAAGUGCAAGAAGCGAGUCACCAUCCUGCUGGAAGGGGGGGAGAUUGAGCUGUCUGACGGGGAGGUGAACGUGAAGAGGCCCAUGAAGGAUGAGACUCAUUUUGAGGUGGUGGAGUCCGGCCGGUACAUCAUUCUGCUGCUGGGGAAAGCGCUCUCCGUGGUGUGGGACCGCCGCCUGGGCAUCUCGGUGGUCCUGAAGCAGACCUACCAGGAGCAAGUGUGUGGCCUGUGUGGGAAUUUUGAUGGCAUCCAGAACAACGACCUCACCAGCAGCAACCUCCAAGUGGAGGAAGACCCCGUGGACUUUGGCAACUCCUGGAAAGUGAGCUCUCAGUGUGCCGACACCAGGAAAGUGCUGCUGGACUCGUCCCCUGCCACCUGCCACAGCAACAUCAUGAAGCAGACGAUGGUGGAUUCCUCCUGUCACAUCCUCACCAGUGACAUUUUCCAGGAUUGCAACAAGCUGGUGAACCCUGAGCCGUACCUGGAUGUCUGCAUUUACGACACCUGCUCCUGUGAGUCCAUUGGGGACUGUGCCUGCUUCUGCGACGCCAUUGCUGCCUACGCGCAUGUGUGUGCCCAGCACGGCAAGGUGGUGACCUGGAGGACGGCCACAUUAUGCCCCCAGAGCUGCGAGGAGAGGAAUGUCCGGGACAGCGGUUACGAGUGCGAGUGGCGCUACAACAGCUGUGCACCCGCCUGCCCUGUCACGUGCCAGCACCCGGAGCCACUGGCAUGCCCCGUGCAGUGUGUGGAGGGCUGCCACCCUCACUGCCCAGCAGGGAAAAUCCUGGAUGAGCUUCUGCAGAUGUGUGUAGACCUGGAAGACUGCCCUGUGUGUGAGGUGGCCGGCCGGCGUGUGGCCUCAGGAAAGAAAGUCACCCUGAAUCCCAGCGACCCCAAGCACUGCCAGAUUUGUCACUGUGAUGGUGUCAACCUCACCUGUGAAGCCUGCCAGAAACCAGGAGGCCUGCCCCCCACCGUUGUCCCGGUGAGCCCCACCACCCUGUACGUGGAGGACACCCCUGAGCCGCCCCUGCACAGCUUCCACUGCAGCAGGCUGCUGGACCUGGUCUUCCUGCUGGACGGCUCCUCCAAGCUGUCAGAAGCAGAGUUCGAGGUGCUGAAGGGCUUCGUGGUGGACAUGAUGGAGCGGCUGCACAUCUCGCAGAAGUGGAUCCGUGUGGCCGUGGUGGAGUACCACGACGGCUCCCACUCCUACAUCGACCUCAAGGACCGGAAGCGGCCCUCGGAGCUGCGGCGCAUCGCCAGCCAGGUGCGGUAUGCGGGCAGCCAGGUGGCCUCCAUCAGCGAGGUCCUCAAGUACACGCUGUUCCAAAUCUUCGGCAACAUCGACCGCCCCGAGGCCUCCCGAGUCGCUCUGCUCCUGACGGCCAGCCAGGAGGCCCCAGGGAUGGCCCGGAACUUGGUCCGCUACGUACAGGGCCUAAAGAAGAAGAAGGUCGUCAUGGUCCCAGUGAGCAUUGGGCCGCACACCAACCUCAGGCAGAUCCGCCUCAUCGAGAAGCAGGCCCCCGAGAACAAGGCCUUCCUGCUCAGUGGUGUGGAUGAGCUGGAGCAGCGGAGGGAUGAGAUCAUCAGCUACCUCUGUGACCUGGCCCCCGAGCCCCCUGCACCCACCCGGCCCCCCAGCGCGGCACAGGUCACGGUGAACCCGGGGCUCUUGCAGGUUUCACCCCUAGGACCCAAGAGGAACUCCAUGGUUCUGGACGUGGUGUUUGUCCUGGAGGGGUCGGACAAAAUCGGGGAAGCCAACUUCAACAGGAGCAAGGAGUUCGUGGAGGAGGUGAUUCAGCGGAUGGACGUGGGCCAGGAUGGCAUCCACGUCACGGUGCUGCAGUACUCCUACGUGGUGACCGCAGGGUACACUUUCAGCCAGGCGCAGUCCAAGGUGGACAUCCUGCAGCGGGUGCGGGAGAUCCGCUUCCAGGGCGGCAACGUGACCAACACGGGGCUGGCCCUGCAGUAUCUGUCCGAGCACAGCUUCUCGGCCAGCCAGGGGGACCGGGAGCAAGCACCCAACCUGGUCUACAUGGUCACAGGAAACCCCGCCUCCGACGAGAUCGUGCGGCUCCCCGGAGACAUCCAGGUGGUGCCCAUCGGAGUCGGCCCUCACGCGGACGUACAGGAGUUGGAGAGGAUCGGCUGGCCCAAUGCCCCCAUCCUCAUCCAGGACUUUGAGACGCUCCCCAGAGAGGCUCCUGACUUGGUGCUGCAGAGCUGCUGCUCUGGGGAGGGGCUGAAGAUCCCCACCCUGCCCCCUGCUCCCGCCUGCAGCCAGCCCCUGGAUGUGGUCCUCCUCCUGGAUGGCUCCUCCAACUCUCCAGCUUCUUACUUUGAUGAAAUGAAGAACUUUGCCAAGGCUUUCAUUUCAAAAGCCAACAUAGGGCCUCAUCUCACUCAGGUGUCAGUGCUGCAGUACGGGAGCAUCACCACCAUCGACGUGCCGUGGAACGUGGUCCAGGACAGAGCCCACUUACUGGGCCUCGUGGACCUCAUGCAGCGGGAGGGAGGCUCCAGCCAAAUUGGGGACGCACUGGGCUUUGCUGUGCGGUACAUCACCUCGGAAAUCCAUGGGGCCAGGCCUGCAGCUGCUAAGGCGGUCGUUGUCCUCGUCACGGGUGUCUCCAGGGAUUCUGUGGCUGCAGCAGCUGCCGCCGCCAGGGCCAACCGAGUGACAGUGUUCCCCAUUGGAAUUGGGGAUCAGUAUGACGCGGCCCAGCUAAGAACCUUGGUGGGCCCGGAGGCCAGCUCUAAUGUGGUGAAGCUGCAGCGAGUUGAAGACCUGCCCACCAUGGUCACCCUGAGCAACUCUUUCCUCCACAAACUGUGCUCUGGGUUUGUCAGAACUUGCAUAGAUGAGGAUGGGAAUGAGAAGAGGCCUGGGGACGUCUGGACCUUGCCAGAUCAGUGCCACACAGUGACUUGCCUGCCUGAUGGACAGACCAUGCUGCAAAAUCAUCGGGUCAACUGUGACCGGGGUCCGAGGCCUUCGUGCCCCAACAGCCAGUCCCCUAUUCGGGUAGAAGAGACCUGUGGCUGCCGCUGGGCCUGCCCCUGUGUGUGCAUGGGCAGCUCUACGCGACACAUCGUGACCUUCGAUGGGCAGAAUUUCAAGCUGACUGGCAGCUGUUCCUAUGUCCUGUUUCACAACAAGGAGCAGGACCUGGAGGUGAUUCUUCAUAAAGGAGCCUGCAGCCCUGGGGCGAGGCAGACCUGCAUGAAAUCCAUUGAGGUGAAGCAUGAUGGCCUGUCAGUGGAGCUGCACAGCAACAUGGAGGUGGCAGUGAAUGGGAGAGUGGUCUCUGUCCCUUACACGGGCGGGAACAUGGAAGCCAGCGUCUAUGGUGCCAUCAUGCAUGAGGUCCGAUUCAACCAUCUUGGCCAUAUCUUGACAUUCACUCCACAAAAUAAUGAGUUCCAGCUGCAGCUGAGCCCCAAGACCUUUGCUUCAAAGAUGUACGGCCUCUGUGGGAUCUGUGAUGAGAAUGGGGGCAAUGACUUCAUGCUGAGGGAUGGCACAGUCACCACAGACUGGAAAAAGCUUAUCCAGGAAUGGACUGUGCCACAGCCAGGGCAGACGUGCCAGCCCGUUCCAGAGGAGCAAUGUCCUGUCUCUGACGGCUCCGACUGCCAGGUCCUCCUCUCGACUCUGUUUGCUGAGUGCCACAAGGUUGUUGCCCCAGCCACGUUCCAUGCCAUCUGCCAGCAGGACAGUUGCCACCGGGAACAGGCAUGUGAAGUGAUCGCCUCUUAUGCCCACCUCUGUCGGACCAAUGGCGUCUGUGUUGACUGGAGGACAACUGAUUUCUGUGCUAUGUCCUGCCCGCCAUCCCUGGAGUACAACCACUGUGAACGUGGCUGUCCCCGGCACUGUGAUGGCAAUGCAAGCUCCUGUGGGGACCACCCCUCCGAAGGCUGCUUCUGCCCCCCGCACCAAGUCAUGCUGGAAGGCAGCUGUGUCCCUGAGGAGGCCUGCACCCAGUGCGUGGGUGAGGAUGGAGUCCGGCACCAGUUUUUAGAGACCUGGAUCCCGAACCACCAGCCCUGUCAGAUCUGCACAUGCCUCAACGGGCGGAAGGUCAACUGCACAUCGCAACCCUGCCCUACGGCCAGAGCUCCCACGUGUGGCCCAUGUGAAGUGGCCCACCUCCGCCAGAACACAGACCAGUGCUGCCCGGAGUACGAAUGUGUAUGUGACCUGGUGACCUGCGACCUGCCCCCAGUGCCUCGCUGUGAAGGUGGGCUCCAGCCAAUGCUGACCAAUCCCGGCGAAUGCAGACCCAACUUCAUUUGCGACUGCAAGAAAGAGGAGUGCAAAAGGGAGCCUCCACCCUCCUGCCCCCCACACCGGACGCCAGCCCUUCGGAAGACGCAGUGUUGUGAUGAGUAUGAGUGUGCUUGCAACUGUGUCAACUCCACGGUGAGCUGCCCGCUUGGGUACCUGGCCUCAGCCUCCACCAACGACUGUGGCUGCACCACCAUCACCUGCCUUCCUGACAAGGUGUGUGUGCACCGAGGCACCGUCUACCCCGUGGGCCAGUUCUGGGAGGAAGGUUGCGACGUGUGCACCUGCACCGACAUGGAGGAUGCCGUGGUGGGCCUGCGUGUGGCCCAGUGCUCUCAGAAGCCCUGUGAAGACAGCUGUCGGCCGGGCUUCAGCUAUGUCCUCCAUGAGGGUGAGUGCUGUGGAAGGUGCCUGCCGUCUGCCUGUGAGGUGAUGACUGGCUCGCCGCGCGGGGACUCGCUGUCUUACUGGAAGAGUGUCGGCUCUCACUGGGCUUCCCCGGAGAACCCCUGCCUUAUCAACGAAUGUGUCCGAGUGAAGGAGGAGGUCUUUGUGCAACAGAGGAACGUGUCCUGUCCCCAGCUGGAGGCCCCCACCUGCCCUGCGGGCUUCCAGCUGAGCUGCAAGACCUCCGAGUGUUGUCCCAGCUGUCGCUGUGAGCCCCUGGAAGCCUGUAUGCUCAAUGGCACCAUCAUCGGGCCUGGGAAGAGUGUGAUGACCGACGUGUGCACCACUUGCCACUGCACCGUGCAGGCGGGAGCCAUCUCUGGGUUCAAGCUGGAGUGCAGGAAGACUUCCUGCAGGGCCUGCCCACUGGGUUACGAGGAGGAGAAGAAGGACAGUGAAUGCUGCGGGAGGUGUCUGCCGAUGGCGUGCACCAUUCAGCUGAGAGGAGGGCAGGUCAUGACGCUGAAGCGUGACGAGACGCUCCAGGAUGGCUGUGACAGUCACUUCUGCAGGGUCAAUGAGAGAGGAGAGUACAUCUGGGAGAAGAGGGUCAUGAGCUGCCCGCCCUUCAAUGAACGCACAUGCUUGGCUGAAGGAGGGAAAGUUGUGAACAUUCCAGGCACCUGCUGUAGCACAUGUGAGGAGCCUGAGUGCAAAGACAUCACUGCCAGGCUGCAGUACGUCAAAGUGGGAGACUGCAAGUCUGAAGAGGAAGUGGACAUUCACUACUGCCAGGGGAAGUGUGCCAGCAAAGCCGUGUACUCCAUCGACACCGAGGACGUGCAGGACCAGUGCACCUGCUGCUCACCCACGCGGACGGAGCCCAUGCGGGUGCCCCUGCACUGCACCAACGGCUCCGUCAUCUACCACGUGGUCCUCAAUGCCAUGCAGUGCAAGUGUUCCCCAAGGAAGUGCAGCAAGUGAGGUCUGCCAUGCUGCUGUGGUGCCGCUGCCACCUGCCUUGGCCCAACCGGCCAGGGUGCUGCUCAGUCCUCUCCAUGUUCUGCUCUUAUGCCCUCUCGGGCCCACAAUAAAGGCCAAGCUCUCAUCUUGCUAAA